GGAUUUGCCCUCUCCAAGGAAGCAAGAGCCACUUGCCUCUGCUUUAGGCCCACAGGGUAGUGGGGAGAGCUGCAGGGCAUGGCCAGGAGAGGAUGGGUACAUUGCCUUUGGCAGAUGUCUGGCCAUCCCGUACCUGCAGGGUGGUAGACAGAUCACCAAAUAUUUUCUGCACCAUGAGGUGGGUGGGACGUCAUGACAACCCUGAUCAGGGCACAGGGAUGCCAAGGAGGCUCCCACUCACCCCCAGCACAGGCCCAUAUGUCCUCAUCACCACUGCUUCCUUUGCAGCUUCCUGUGAGUACGAGGGGAAGCAGUUCUCCCUUGGGGAAUCGUGGCUGAGCACCAACUGCCUGCUCUGCACCUGCCUGCACCCUAUUGGCGUGGGCUGCUGUGAGAUCACCCAGCACCCCAUCGACUUCCCCGACUGGUGCGAGGCCCACUACGACUCGCAGACCUGCCAGAUCUCGGUGGUGCAGAAGGCCAACCCCAGCCUGCCCUGCGUGAAGACCGUGGAGCACGAGUGGGGCUCGGCCGGCACACCCGAGCCGCUGAUCAACAAGGUGCUGGGCGCAGGGCUGAGCAGAUAAGAAGCUCGGCAGCGCCCCGCGCCCCUUCGGCGGCGUCCUCCCUCCUCCAGAGCACACCUCCCGCAUGCUCCAGACCUGCCCCGUCCUGUAGAGACGUCACCGCCGCCACCUCCAAGGGAAACCACUAUCCACGCACCAUGGUACCGAGCUGACAUUUACACCCUCACGCUGCCACAGUACGGCUUUGCUUCUGCCUUCAGCUUCCUGAGCCAAGCCAGGGCAUUCUUCCUGUGAGAUACCCUGCACCCGGUGGGAAUGCAGAUCCUACGGGAUUUCCUCCCAGGUGGGCAGAAAACCUCGUUACUAAAGAAAGGGCUCUGGCACUAAAUCAGCCUGGCUCGCAGGAGUCCUGUACUCCCACAUCCAGCCUGAAGUGACACAGCUCCCUGCUCCCUCCCAGAUCCACAUCCCUGUGCACAGAAGCUGCUGGGAGCUCACUGGGGAGCAUCAUGGCCCCUCGUGCACGACCCUCAGAACCUGGCCAGCCCCUUCUCUGCUCCCAGAGUGUGCGGGGAACAACUCACCUCUGGAACCACUAAUGCCCCUGCUCCUGCAGGUUCUGGGGUCCCUGGCACCGCAGGUCAGCCCUGGGCAACACCACAACAGAGCCAGCCCUGGGUGGGCAGCAGUGCGGGGGGAACCACCAGACGGCCCCUGGGAGGACCCCCACCCCCAGACAUGCAGGGGAGCAGGGAGGGAGGGCUCAGGAAGCAGAGGCAAUCCACAUGUGCCAGGCUGGAGCCAGCCACCCUGGCAGCCCGCCCCAGCCGGUGCCAUGCUGUGUUGUGCAGAGCCUUGUGUAGAUGUUUCUGUUCUUGCA